AUGCCUCGGGGAACAUUUCUAUCAAUGGAGGAGCGCGGAGCCAUCGUGAAGAAGAUUGCCGAGCAGUUACGAAGAUCACGAAGCCCAGUCGCUGGUUACUUGCGUAAUCCAGCAACAUACGGACUUAACAAAAAAGGAGGACAGCACCGUACGCUCACAAACAGGGAAGAAAGGCGUAUUUGGCACAAAGCUUCAAAUUCAACUUUGUCGCUCCGCCAAAUUCGCGCGGAUCUAGAGCUGAACGUAUCGCGAACCACGAUUUGGAGAGCAAUACGAAGAUCUGGAUACAUCAGGCGGGCCGUUAUGAGAAAGGCACCCAGAUUAACACCUCUACACAAAUUACGCCGGCUGCAAUUCGCGAGGGAGAACAUGAGAAGAGACUGGGAAAAGGUAGGCAUCAUCAAAAAUGCUGACAUUCGCGCUUUCUGAGA